AUGACCACCGAUACGCAAAUCAAGGUGACAUUCCGUCAGUAUCGUCCUGAAGACCACGCCGCCGUCACCAAGAUCUUCAUCGAGGGUUUGGUCGUGUUCGACAAGAACCUGGACUACCGCUACCUGUGGGGAGAGCGCAUUCGCAGCGACCUGACCACCGACUUGGCCGACAUCCAAGCGAGCCACAUGACCCUAGGCGGGAAUUUCUGGAUCGCGGUCGCGACGACCAAAGGAUCGAGCAGAAUCGUCGGCAUCACGGGACUCAAGCGCGUAUCCAAAGCCGUCGGGGAGGUGCGACGCGUGUACGUGGACCAAACCUGCCACCGCAUGCGCGUCGGCCGCAAGCUAAUGGCGGAGCUGGAAAGCUGGUCGCGCCAGAACGGAAUCAAGCGCAUAUUCCUGACGACAGCCGCCUCGAACGAGAAGCCUCAGGCCUUCUACGCCGCUCUCGGGUACACCAAGACGGACAAAGUCAUGUACGCCUGGGAGAAGCUCAAGUACUUCGAGAUCUCCGAGUUCGUUAACCAGCUGUAG